UUUAUUCUCCUUUUUUCUUUAAUUUCAGAACAUUCUGCAAUACUGGAGUGUAACAGUUGGUGACUCUUUCAAAGCGCAUUAAAUACUUCAUCGCCUGCCAACAGUAGCUAAAAAGGCAAAGCUACAGUUAUAUAAGCAGUUGAAUAAACAACGCGUUAAGCAAAUACAUACAUAGAAAUACGAAUCAAGUAUAAAAUCAAUAACUGUCCACUAUGGAUGUUAGAAAAUAUUUGAGUUUACUGGCACUGAUGCUGCUAUCACUGUUGGCGUUUCACAGUAGUCCAGUGGAGGCGUGCAGUUGCAUGCCCAGCCAUCCGCAGACACACUUUUGCAAUGCUGACUAUGUUGUCAUUAUACGUGUUAUGCGCAAAUCCCACCGUCUGGUUCAAAACAACAUUGCCUACAAAGUGGAAGUAAAGAAAUCAUAUAAGAUGAAUGAAUCCGGACAGAAGCUGCUAAAACACGGUCGCAUAGUGACACCAAAUUCUGAAGCUAUGUGUGGCGUUAACUUGGAUAUUGGCAAGCUAUACGUAAUUGCUGGUCGUGGUCCAUAUUUGAAUAGUUGCAGUUAUGUAAAGGAAUAUCUGAAGAUGUCGGUGGUAGAGAGGCGUGGCUUUGCUGGCGCCUAUCGCAAGGGUUGUAAAUGUGCGGUUGAACCCUGUUUUGGCAACUACUGCUUGGAAGAACGCCAAUCUGCCACCGCCUGCAAAUGGUCACCGUUUGCCAAAUGCGAAACAGAUUUUAGCGCUUGCAUCCCAUCACACUACCGCACACCUGAAGGCAUUAUCUCCAAGUGCCAUUGGCGAAGUACGCCGGCAUAUAAAAAAUGCAUGGCCGAUCCAUAAAGGACAGCCAAAGGAAAGGAAAAUGCGAUAAGGAAAUCUUAAGAAAUCGUAACAGCGCGAAAUAAGAGGGCACAUUGUUUUUGUAACAAGCAUAGAAUGAUAGAGAGUUGUAUAGUACAUAUUUUUAUGUUUGACUUUCAAUUAAAGAAAAUUGCUGUUAGUAAUUCGUAGCUUAUGUAUGUAUGUAGGUGUCGUUUAUCAUAUACUAUACAUAAUUAUUUAUUUAAUAUUAACACAAAAAGAUAAAGUUAACAAGUUUGUAUGUAUUGUUGUUACUAUGUACGCGGUGAAUUACCAUUUUUACCAUUUCAUUGUAAUUUUAUUUUAAGAGUCCUUUCAUUAUUUUCAUUUUUUACGGUUAUUAAUUUUUAAUUAGCUUCCCUUACGAGUUCGAUUUACACAUAAAUAUCUCAUUACGUAUGCAAGCUUCAUUUUCAUUCACUGUUCAGAGUUUUAUUUUCACCUAAUUAGAACUUUAAUGUAUGUACAUAAAUAUAUGAUUAACUGUUAUUUGUAUUUAUUGUAAUAAAGCCACAUUCGUAAUUGUACAAAUACUCCAACA